ACAUGCGCGGGGAGCUCUAAGACAGUCGUGCGUUGGCUAAGGCUCCAGGGAACGAACGGGUGACGUUAUGCUGCACGUAGUCCGGGGGGUCUGGGGGUCCAGGGUCCGGGUCUGGCCCGUGCUCCUCGGGCCCCCCCGGGCCCUGUCAUCGCUGGCAGCCAAAAUGGGGGAGUACCGCAAGAUGUGGAACCCCACGGAGCCGCGCAACUGGGCCCAGCAGUACCGCGAGCGCUUCAUCCCGUUCUCCAGGGAGCAGCUGUUCCGCCUCCUGAUACAGGCCUUGUAUGACCCCAUCAACCCUGACAGAGAGACCCUCGACCAGCCUUCGCUAACAGAUCCCCAGCGUCUGUCCAACGAGCAGGAAGUACUUGGGGCUCUCACACCCUUGCUCAUGCAAGCCAACUUCUCCGUGCUAUCCGAGGAUGCCCUGGCCUAUGCUCUGGUGGUACACCAUCCUCAGGACGAGGUCCAGGUAACAAUUAAUUUGGACCAGUACGUCUACAUGCAGUUCUGGGCCCUGGGCCAGCGAGUCGGGCAGAUGCCCCGGUUGUCCAGCGUGGGCUCCAAGCGUGGCUUCUUCACCAAGUCGCCCCCUACAGAGAGGAGGUACUUUAAGCGGGUGGUGCUGGCGGCCCGGACAAAGCGAGGGCACCUGGUGCUGAAGUGCUUCAAGGACACGCCACUGGAAGGCCUGGAGCAGCUGCUGCCCGAACUGAAGGUGCGCACGUCCACCCUGCAGCGCGCCCUGCUCAACCUCACGCUGGUGGUCUCGGGCCUGGUGUUCUUCGUCAACGUGGGCAUGGUGGUGCUCUCCGACCUCAAGGUGGGCACCUCACUGCUGCUGCUGCUCUUCGCUAUCUUCAUGGGCCUGCGGGCCUCCAAGAUGUUCGGCCAGAGGCGCAGCAUGCAGGCGCUGGAGUUGGCGCACAUGCUCUACUACCGCAGCACGUCCAACAACUCGGAGCUGCUCAGCGCCCUGACCCUGCGAGCGCAGGAGGAACACGCUAAGGAAGCGCUGCUGGCACACAGCUUCCUGGCACGGUAUCCUGGGGGUGUCAACGGCUCGCCUCAAGAGACAUCCCAAUGGCUCCAGACUGAGGUAGAGAGUUGGCUCCUGGCCCAGUCGGGCUGUGACGUGGCCUUCAACGGAACCCGGGCCCUGGCCCACCUACAAGCCCUGACUCCCAGCAUCGGGCUCUUCCCUCCUCCGGGUUUUCCCAAAUUAGAGCAGCUGGCUUCUAUCCAAACUGAGACCCCCCCAGGUUAUACAACCCCGCAGUAA